AUGGCCCCAGAUGCGCGAGAAUGUGAGGUUGUUCCACCGAUUGUCCAGAAUACGUCCCUAAACGCAUCUCCGGAAUACGAUUCUCUCAUCCCACCAAGGACGUCUGCUACGAAUCGUACCCAGUCGUCCUUUGCUGUCACCGUCGGGUCUCAUGAUACCUCAACUCACGCCUGGUCGACUCCUCCAGUCCGGACUCUACCUCCAUGGGUCAGGUCAUAUGAUGUUCCCGAAGACGAAAGCGACGCUUCCUCGAGGCUUUUGCCAACCGAAAUAGACGAUGCGCAGGUGGCACAACACAAUCACUCGCCUUACCAGGCGUCGAAACCGGAUCGAAAUCGGCUAAAAGGAACCGAUGAUGAGCUUGACAAUACAACACUACAGCGCGAGUCGCGAUGGAAGCGCUUUGCUCAAACGGCUACUUACCCUCGUACAGAAGUUGGCGCCGGAGAGAAACGAGUGUCUUUUGACUGGUUGAACAACAAUCUAGGAGAUUAUUCACAGCCCUGGGGUGCUAGCCAUGAUGGAUCAGAUGCCGAACUGGGUCGCGCCACUUGGUCUCCACGACAGCGAAAUUUGGUUGAGCGUUUUCAACGGCAUUUACUACACAGCCCUAUCGUGCCAUUAAUACUGCGACUUACAGUCUGGAUAUUCUCUUUAUGUGCUCUCGCACUUGGAGGCUCUAUUCGUGCGCUGGCGUACCACCUCAAUCGGGAUCAGGGUCCUUCAGCAGACAUGGCCAUUGUUGUUGAUGCGGUAGCAUUGGUCUAUUUGGUAUACAUCACAUAUGACGAAUAUGCCAGCAAGCCAUUAGGCCUUCGCUCGCCAAAGGCCAAAAUGCGUUUAAUUCUACUGGAUCUCUUUUUUAUUGUUUUCGACGCGGCCAACCUCAGUCUUGCCUUUGUUUCUCUAGACGAUGUUCAGGGAACCUGCACGAACGCGGUGAUUAAUGACAUCGAAGAUGAUCGAAACGAUGCAUUAUGUGUCCGGCAAAAGGCACUUGCAUCGGUUCUGCUUGUCGCGUUGAUUGCAUGGCUGCUCACGUUUUGUAUUAGCAUUUUCCGGCUGGUUGAAAGAGUCUCAAAAUAA